UAGCUUGGCAGCCAUGUUGAUCAUUGCCUGCUGUGAUUCACAAAAGUGGCAAUGAAAAUAAAGCAUGUGUGGAGCCCCGAUUCGGCCAUUAAGAUCUCACAAUCAUAAAUAAUAUGCUAGGUAUAUCAUCUAUCAGAAAACAGUACAAGAAAUUAACGGUUAAACAUAAGUGAAAGCAGGGAGAUAGAACAAGGACAGCUUUACAGAAUUCUUAAGGACUAGAAUGUUUUGAUAUAAACCCUUGCCUACAAAUUGUGACAAAAUUCCCAAAUGAUAUAAAACAGAAAAAUCCCUAUAGAAAUACAUUCAAUCUCAGUCAGCACAUUUCUUCAUUGGUGAACCUGCCCCAAUAUCAUUGUCAAGAAAUGAGCAUGGGGCAGAAAGUUUCUGGUGGCAUAAAAACCGUGACAGCUCGAGAAUCAUCGUACAAAGCCCUGUAUAAAGGUGACAUGGUGUACAACCCAGACUAUCAGAAGCCAAGUCGACUGGACAUGCUCCUAGACAUGCCGUCCCCCAACAAGGAGUCGCAGGUCAACCAUUCCUGGAACGCGGACGAUCGAUCGCUAAAUAUAUUUGUGAAAGAUGACGAUAAGUUGACAUUUCAUCGUCAUCCAGUUGCUCAAAGUACAGACUGUAUUCGGGGGAAAGUGGGUUACACACGAGGACUACAUGUGUGGGAGAUCAUUUGGAGCACGAGGCAGCGUGGCACCCACGCGGUGGUUGGGGUAGCCACCAGCGAUGCCCCCCUACAUUGUGUGGGGUAUCAGUCCCUCGUGGGCAGUAAUUGUGAAUCCUGGGGAUGGGAUCUUGGGCGGAAUAAACUUUACCAUGACGUAAAAAAUAAUCCUGGUGUGACAUAUCCUAGUCUGAAUUCGGACGAGAACUUUGUGGUCCCAGACAGUUUCUUGGUUGUCUUGGAUAUGGACGAAGGAACGCUCAGUUUUGUAGUGGACGGACAAUACCUAGGAGUGGCCUUCAGAGGACUCAAAGGGAGAAAACUGUAUCCAAUAGUCAGUGCAGUGUGGGGGCAUUGUGAAAUAACAAUGAAAUACAUAGGCGGGCUGGAUCCGGAGCCCUUACCCUUGAUGGACAUCUGCCGGAGGAUCAUCAGACAUCAACUGGGUAAAAAUAGACUGCACGAAAUUCCUAGACUACCAUUACCAAACCCACUUAAAAGUUACCUACUGUACCAGUCUUAGUACAUCGUGGUGUAGUGUGUGUAUUAUACUCUCGUGGGUCUGUCUGUCUGUGAGGACCUGGUGCUUGGUGAUAAAACAGAGUUAAGUCCUCUUGGAGAGAAAGCAAGUCCAUGGCCAACAGGACAUAAAUGUUUAAAGGCAGUCCUCAAAGACAAAGGAAGAUGUAUAUCUAAACAAGUCAUUAAUGUCUGAUCUCAUAGGAACUCCUGAUAUUUGUAAACAAUACACAGGUCACUAGGAAUAUUGACAAAGAUAUAUUUAGAACCAAAUAUCUAUGAAGGACUUAUAUGUUGAUGGAAUUAAUGUCAAACAAUUCCGUAAUGUUGUGAAUUCAAAUUUUUUAAAAUUAUCCUUUGAUCUAAGUUCUUUAGACAAUUGUAAAUUGCAUUUGAUUCUGACCGGGUUCUGUGAACUUAGGUCAGAGAUAGGACAGAUAGAGCAUAUUCCACAUCAUAAAAAUUUCAAAAGGGCCAUUAUGCGAAGAGUAAUCUCCUGGCUGCAGGUUUAUGUGUGUGUGUGUGUUAUUUUAUCAUGUGUGUUAAUAUUGUGUUAUAACAACAAGCAAGUGCAGGAAUGGAUGAUAAAUUGUGUAAAAGGCCUUUGUCUCACAAUUGUACGUGUGUGUUUGUGUGUGUGUGUGUUUGUGUGUCUGAUUGUAUGCGUGUGUGAAUGAGAGUUGUGUUUUUUUCCCUGCCCUGUGUGUUGUAAGUCUAGUCAAUAGCGAUGUCUUACUUCCAUUUGUAGGUGUGGUAUCAAUCUGAGCUGAGAGGAUUAUUUAUGUUAUUAUGAAAGCUUUCUGAGAAAGCACAUCAGGACUAGCUGGUGAUUAACUGUACAAGGUCCUGUCUUUUAUAAUUUUUACCUCCCUUGAGAUAAAGUCUCAAGUAAGAUUUUUCUGAUCACAUUUUGAUAUCUGCUUGUCUGUUUGGUAUAUAUUAUAUAUUAUCAAGUUCUACCCAAGAAAUAUUGGACAGUCCUUGUUAGGAAGGGGUUGGGGGUGUAUUAGCAGCAAAGAGAACACAAAUGCAUUUACAGCAAGUAGGGAAGGAAAAUGUUUCAAUCACAAGAGCUGAGAAAUAAACAAGGGAUUAUAAUUACAACAAAGAGAACACAAAUGAACUUUUCUGAGCGAUAAAUAUGUACUAAUCGUGGUCCCUAGAUCAGAAUAGGUUUCAUUAAAAAGGGGUUUGUUUUCUAUUAAUAAACUGAAGGAAUUCUAAAAUUUUCUUUAUAACUUAUAGGUAAUAUUCUAAAAUAGUGUAUGUCAAUAAAUUUAUUUAAAUUUUAAAGGUCAAGAGGCGUAGAAUGUAAUAAAAGGGGUACAUAUUGUACAGUGACUUGGGUGAGCAUUGUGUACCUCGGAUCUUUGUUAAUAUUAUACAAAAGGAAAUGACAUUUCAUAUGUGUCAAAAAUCAUCACAAGUUUUAUGAAAGAUCUCUUUAGUGUAUCUGAAGAAAAUUUAUUAGGGUACAUUCUUUGUGUUUAAUUUGAAGAUCUUUUUUAAAAUAUGUACAUUUCUUUUCAAUGAUUUAAAUAUAUUUUCAAAGAGCACACCUUUGCUUUAUAAAGGGGAUGGGGAGGUUAAUGUAAAGAAAAAAAAGGUGUUAUGUUAAACAUUUGAUAUUCAUAACUUUACACAAGAUUGGAAGGUAGAAUUUAAUAAUCAUUUUUUGUGCUAUCAUCCUGGUAUAGAUAUAUAAAUUCCUAUGCAGAAGUCAUUCUGCAAUAAUUAUAUUUCAAAUCUUUUCAAAAAGGAUGAGAAACAGAAAUAAUACAAUAAUCUUAAAAGCUAUCAGUCGAUUUGUUGAUUGAAAAUACAACUCUUUUUUUUACUUCUCUAGAUUAUAAUGGGGGGGAUUUGAGAGCAUAUCAUGUCAAUGUGUAAAGAGGUGAUUUGUUUGUGAAGAAUGUCUGGGUAUAUUUCUCAUUUAUUGUAUGACGUAGCACAAUAGUACACAGUAGUACACCCACUUCUAAAGUGCAGUGUCAGGUGUCUUCUAGGUUAAAAAAAUAGAUUUUAAGUUCAAUUUGAUUAAUGGGGAAAGUUGCAACAAGAUAUCUUAGCAUUUCAACUUGAAUUUUUCAGAAAAUGUUUCAAGGAUGUUUUUCACAAAUUGCACCAUAAGGCCCAUCUUAUGACACAUUUUAAUUUUGAGGUUGACUGUGAAUUAUGUGUACAUUGAAGUGCUGCAGUAAAAAUUUAGUAUUCAACAUGUUCAAUAUACAUGUAUUGAUUAAUUGAAAAUUUUGUUGAAGAAGCCUUAGAAAACAUGCCAAUGGUGUAAACAUACACAAAAUUUGUCUUACCGUAUAUAAAGGUCUAAAUUUUUAAUAUCUUUGAUAUUUCUCUUUUUUUAUGAAAAAAAUAUAUAUGAAAUUUUAUCUUUGGACUGAUCCCAGUUUUAUGUAGAUGCUUGUCUUACAUUAUUGUAUUAUGAUACAAGAAUUUUUAAUCUUGAUUUUUAGUGACUCUACUGUUACUUGAAUGUGUGUGAUUUUAUAUGAUAGACAAAAUAAUUUAAAUCAUGAAUUGAAAUGAUCUGAUGAAUGGAUCGAGGAAUUGUACAGUGGUUUAUUGUUACAUUUGAUUAUUAUUUAUUGCAGUAGAUAUAGGGCUUGUGCAUUGCUCUUCAGUUAAGUGUGGUGUUAGUACUUAAAUGUCCGUUAAUAUAUACAGAUUCUGAAUUCAAAGCUACAUCAUGUUUUAUACCACAACAGAAUAUAAAUUUUUGCAUGGUCUUUCUAACAUGGAUACAAAUUAAUGGGGUUUUUUAGGGGUAUGUUAUGAAAAAAUAUGGAUAUUAAUUUAAAUUUUGGCACAAAUAAUGAAUUUUACAAAUGUGCAUGUUGUAAAUUGAUUUAAACACUGCAGUCUUAAUGUUGUAGCUGUGCUGUAGCAUGUUUUAUUUUAAAUAAUUAUUUUUGUUUAAAUGCCAUUUGGUCUGUUGCUGUUUGAAAUCUUUUAAACUUGAAAUCCCUCAAGAUUUUUGAUUGAUGGAGAAGAUUUCUCCACAAGUAUAUAAAUAUGUCGCAGUCUUAGUCUGUAAUUUUAUUUCUAAUUAACUUAGAUUUUUAAUGAGCGAUGACUUUGUAAAAGCAUGGGUUAUGAUAUUGUUGAUUGUGCCUCAAUGCAUUUUUUUAACAGACACAUUUCGCUAGGACACACCUUUUCAGAUAUAUGAACAUUUGUUAAGCAUUAUAUUUAUUUGCACAGAACAGAUGUGCAGGCCAUAUUGCAUGUGUUUGUUUCAUUUCAUAUGUUUGUUUUUCCUUGUAAAAGCAAUGGUUGUAAGACAAUUCUAGCCAAAUCUUAACUGACAUAAUAAAUAUGAUGUAAAACUUGGAA